UCGCUCUCCGGUUCUAUGCGCUCCGUGACAGCAGUAGCCGGGCUGGUGGGUAAAAUCGGUGUGGAAUCAAUAACCAAAAGAUAACCUCAGGAAUCAUUCUUUUUAUUGGAUGAAGGAUGCGCCAAAAUAUCACUUUAAUCCGUACAUUGUUUAUUUAAACGAAAUCACUCUUCUCUGUCGUGUGUGACCGACUCGGAUGUCACUGCUCCUGCAGAAGAGCAGUGUAAGUUGGAUCUGUGGAGAAUGAAAUAAACGCGCUGACCGACAUGGAGACGGGUCGGUUGAAGUUGACGGUGGCCCUGCUUUUCGUAGCGAUCUCGCUUGCGGUAGGAACAAUUGAAGCCCCUGGAGAGUUUGUGUCCCUGGCUGAGCUGGAGGAUGCCCUGCUGCGGAACCUUUUCCGGGGGUACCAGAAGUGGGUCCGGCCCAUCCUGCACGCCAACGACACCAUUACCGUGCGCUUCGGCCUCAAGAUCUCCCAGCUGGUGGACGUGGAUGAGAAGAAUCAGCUUAUGACGACCAAUGUCUGGCUCUGGCAGGAGUGGACCGACUAUAAGCUGCGCUGGAACCCGGAGGACUACGGUGGAAUCACCUCAAUAAGAGUCCCUUCUGAGAACAUCUGGCUACCGGACAUUGUGCUGUAUGAGAAUGCGGAUGGGCGCUUUGAGGGCUCCCUGAUGACCAAAGCCAUAGUGCGGGCGAAUGGCACCAUUAUGUGGACGCCCCCGGCCAGCUACAAGUCUGCCUGCACCAUGGAUGUCACCUUCUUCCCCUUCGACCGGCAGAACUGCUCCAUGAAGUUCGGCUCCUGGACCUACGACGGUCACAUGGUGGACCUGGUACUGGUGGACGAUCACGUGGACCGCAAGGACUUCUUCGACAACGGCGAGUGGGAGAUCCUUAACGCCACCGGCGCCAGGGGCCAGCGCAGGGAUGGACUAUACUCCUACCCCUUUGUCACUUACUCCUUCAUUCUGAAGCGCCUGCCCCUCUUCUACACACUCUUCCUCAUCAUCCCCUGCCUAGGCCUGUCCUUCCUCACCGUGCUGGUGUUCUACCUGCCGUCUGACGAGGGCGAGAAGUUGUCCCUCUCCACCUCUGUCCUGGUGUCCCUCACCGUCUUCCUGCUGGUCAUCGAGGAGAUCAUCCCCUCCUCCUCCAAGGUCAUCCCGCUCAUUGGCGAGUACCUGCUCUUCAUCAUGAUCUUUGUCACCUUCUCCAUCAUCGUCACCGUCUUCGUCAUCAACGUGCACCACCGCUCAUCAGCCACCUACCACCCGAUGGCGCCGUGGGUGAAGAGCCUGUUCCUACAACGUCUGCCCAGGCUGCUGUGCAUGCGUGGCCACACCGACCGCUACCACUACCCCGACAUGGAGCUGAGCAGCCCCGAGCCGCAGGCCCGCCGCCAGCAGAGGCCGCUGCUGGGCAAGGAAGAUGACAACCACGCCUGGCUGGCCAUGCUGGAGAAAGCCACCAGCUCAGUGCGCUACAUAUCACGGCACAUCAAGAAGGAGCACUUCAUCAGAGAGGUCGUACAGGACUGGAAGUUUGUGGCCCAGGUGCUGGACCGGAUCUUUCUUUGGGCCUUCCUCACGGUGUCCAUACUGGGCACCAUCCUCAUCUUCACUCCAGCUCUCCAGAUGUACUUAAGCACCCCUCCCUAAACCCUGCCCCCACCACGCCCCUGCUCCUGACCCCACCGAACAGGACACCACGCCCAAUCACAGUGAGGCAAGAGGGUGUUAUAAGAGGAGCCGGCUGUGGAUUGGUUCCCGGCACAUCCUUCUAUAAUUUAGAUGCCUUUUAUUGAGUUUAUUUUCAUUAAAACAGAACCACACUGUCCACUGUCCAAAAGCAGAACAGCAUACUGGCUGGGCUAGACCAGCUAUACAAUAUACUAUAAUAAAAAGAGCACCUUCCCUUAAAUCAUGCUGUGAAAUAUUUUGAAAACCUGAGUAUUUGUAAAUGUGCUUUUUUUUACAUUUGAUUAUUAUAUAAGUUGGAAAAAUAUUUUACACCUCCGCAUACCCUUAAUCAACACCAUCGCUACGUCAACUGAUCACCAAUUACUGUGAAGAAAGAAAUGAGGGCAGAGCUAUGAUUGUCAGGUGUUUGGUCCUGAGAUGUAUGAGCACAGAGGGACUUGAGCAUCACAUGGGGAAACAGCUUAUACCCUAAACACUCGGCCACAUUAUCGUUAUCUAUUGUGUGGUGAACGUUCUGACACAAAAUGGUUGCCAUGUAUCACAGUGGUGGGUGCUACACAUUGGCAGUUGAGCCGAGUUUCCCCCCCAUUACUGUAAAGCACGUUGAGCCACCAGCUGUGAGAGAAGCGCAAUAUAAAUGAAAGGAAUUAUUCAUUAGUAUUGUGUAUCUCCUGGAGGCUUUUCUUUACCUGCAGCAUAAAUGUAAAUGUUUCUGAAAAACUUCUAAUAUCAAGCAUGUUGUUAUUUAAAUAAUAAAAAGUCUGAACCUC